AUGCCAAGUCAGUCCGGAACAGAAGAUUCACCUCGCGAACGCGACGAUCCGCUCACACGGCCCCCAGAUUUCCCACCCUCACCCCAAGGGCGCGACCAUCUCAGCCCGGAAACAAGAGCAUGGGAAGAAGCCCUGGACGAAUUAGAUAAACAACUUGACUAUGAGGAUAUCCACGGCCCAGGAACCUCGCAACAUUCAGGCUCUACAUGGAAAUACAUUCCAUCGAAUCCUCCAGAAACAGAUAGCCCUGGAAGCCAACGUGCCUCUAGAAAAUCAUUACGCGAGGAAGCAAGAGAACGAAUAAUGCGCGAAGUAAAAAACGAAUUUGCAGCCCAAGGGCGCACAUAUAGACUUGCAUUAUCCGAGUCAUCUGAAUCCUUAGGAGAAGGAAAAGUUACAGAUCUCCGCUCUUCUGCCGAUGUGACGCGCAAAAGAGAUGCUAAGGAGCAUGCGAAAAAAGAUCGGGGUGAGCAUUCAGUUGAUCGGCCUGCUGUUGGUGCUUCUGAAGGGAGAAAAGAUUAUUCAAUUGAGGCGAAAAUUAGGAGGAGAGAUGACGAAAAUCAAAAAUUGAGCGAUGAUGUGCUCAACGAAUGGAGUAUGAGGAUUGAAGCUUUGGAUGAAGAAGAGUUUCUCUCCUCUGACUCUGAAACCAAAAAACAAGAUGAGCCAAAAAGUUUACUCAAAAAAGUUGCUGAACUUGAAAAGAAAAGGAAGAAGAUCGAGAUUGUGGACCCUCCCACCGGAACAACAGAUGAAAAAGAAGGAAUGCAUUGGCUCGACUCACUUCAUGCUGAGAAGCUUUCUCCCGCCGAAUUCAAAGCUCGGAUGGACGCCAAGAUGCAGGAAUACGACCGUAGCUAUGAAAAUACGCAGCGAGAAGAAGCAGAAAGAACAGCUCGAGCAGCUGAAUGGCGUCUUUUGACCGAAGAAAUAGCAGCCGCGCGUAAACGAAAGAUGAAAACGUUGAAGAUGUAUGAGGCGUGGAAAGAGACGCAAAAACCAAAAUUCGAGAGUGUGCAGGAUAAGCAGCGGGCAGCGCGGAUGAGAUAUGAUCUGGCAUUUUAUCGCAAUAAGGCGUUUAUGGAGGUAGCUCCUUUAAUGGAUAGGGGUAACGAGGGGGAUAAUCACUUGGCUCAUGAUAGGAGUGCUGAGGGUGGAAGUGAAGCACAUCAUUCUUCUUCUGGUGGAAAAUUCUCAGUUCACAAUGAAACUCAUAGUCCUGGGCAUGCGACAGACCAAAAUAUACCUUGGGAUAAAAUCAGCUAUGCGAUGAAAAUGAUGGGUGUGAAUCAAGGUGGAGAGCCUGUAGCUCCUCCCACCGGUGGACAAAGAUCAUUUCAUAAUGAGCCUGAAAGCUCCUCAAGUGCCGCAAAGGAUACUUAG